AUGACCCACGCCCGGGCCAGUGGAAGCGGCCUCCGUGGUGGCCCUGGCGCGUUUGCCCAACGAUGCCGCAGAGACGAGACGCACUGCUUGAAGGACGGCGGGACGUCGGACAGGACCGGGACCGCCGAUGCCGAGACGGCAGGCGCAGCGGCAGCCGAGGCGGCGGUCGACCAGGCGACCACCGCCGCUGCCAGGACAAGUCCGAUGACCGCGCGGGCCGCCGCCAGGAGCGCCGGCGCAGCCGCAGCCAGCGCGGCCACCGGGGCGGCGACUUCUCGUCGGAGCGCGAGGCGCCGCCCCCCGAGGAGAGACCACCGUGGCGCGGGGAAGGUCGACAGGCGUGUGGACAAGAAUGAGAACUAUAAGAGCCACCGCGACAACCACAGGAAUCGGAGCCGAUCCUUGUCGGAGGAGUACAGUGGCGGCUCGGACUCCAGGAGCUCUUCCUCGGGCAGCAGCGGCAAGGCCAAGUCUGGCGAUUCGAACAAGGACGAGAUCGUCCACUUCUCCUGGCAGAGGGGCUCGUUGCUGGACUCCAGGUACCGUAUCGUCAAGUUGUUGGGGGAUGGCACCUUCGGGCGCGUGCUUCUCGCCGAAGACCUGAGGGACAGGAAUCGCCAGGUGGCGGUGAAGGUCAUCCGGGACGUGAAGCGGUAUGCGGAGAACGCGAAGAUCGAAGCGGACAUUCUCAAGGACAUCCGGCGGGCGGACCCGCGUGGCGAGAGCACGAGGAGCGCCAUCAUGCUGGACCAUUUCUCGCACAACAGGCACUUCUGCAUGGUGUUCCAGCCUUGCGGGGCUUCGCUCUACGAUUUCCUGAAAAAGAACAGCUUCAAAGGAUUCUGGAUGCAGGACACCGCGAGCUGCGUAGAGGCUGCUUGGCCGUCCUGA